AUGGACCUCCCGGAUGUUCUCUCCGCCGCCUUCCUCGUCGCGGUGGCUCUCGUCUCGCUCCUCUCCAACGCGCUGGUGCUGCUCUGCUUCCUCCACAGCACCGAGAUCCGCCGCCAAGUCCCCGGCGUCUUCGUCAUGAACUUGUCUCUCUGCAACAUCCUGAUCGCCCUGCUCAACAUGCCCGCCACCACCGCCGGCAUCCUUCGGCGUCAGCAGCCCUUCGGGGACCGCUGGUGCAGCACGGUGAGCUUCAUGGACACCUUCCUCACCACCAAUGCAAUGUUGAGCACGGCGGCGCUCAGCAUCGACCGCUGGAUCGCGGUCGUCUUCCCGCUGAGCUACUCCACCAAAAUGCGCUACAAGGACGCGGCGGUGAUGGUGUGCUACUCCUGGAUGCACUCCUUCACCUUCUCCCUCACGGCGCUGCUCUUCUCCUGGCUGCGCUACAGCGACGCCUUUGCGUCGUGCACCCUGCAAAGAGGCGGCGGCGACCGGCUGAAGUUCGCCGUCUUCACCGCGGUCUUCCACGCCGGAAGUUUCGCGCUGUCGCUGCUCACGCUGUGCGUCACCUACCUGAAAGUGCUCCAGGUGGCCAGGUUCCACUGCAAGAGGAUCGACGUGAUCACCAUGCAGACCCUGUUCCUGCUGGUGGACGUCCACCCGAGAGUGAAGCAGCGAUGUGUUGCGGAGCAAAAGAGGCGGAAACUGAGAGCCACCAAGAAGAUCAGCAUCUUUAUCGGCUCCUUCCUUGUCUGCUUUGCUCCCUACGUGAUCACCAGGUUAGCGGAGCUCCUCCCCUUUGUGGACGUUAACCGUCGCUGGGGCAUCAUCAGCAAGUGCCUGACGUACAGCAAGGCCGCCUCAGACCCCUUCGCCUACUCCCUCUUGCGCCAGCAGUACAAGAAGGUAGCGAUUCGUGUCUUCAACCGCCUGCUCCGUCGCAACCUCCCGUCAUCGGACCAUAACAACUCGCUGGACACGGAGAGCGACUAUUGCCUGCAGAGGGUCAGCUAG